AUGGCAUCGAGCAACGAAUCGACCUCGGUCGAUCUGGGGAAGCCCCAGUUCGCUUCUCACUCAUGGGUUGAGCCGAUUAUAGUCGUCAGUAUCAUGCUUAGCUCGCUAUACUUCAACCGUCGCAGGGACUUCAGCAUCUUCGGCAAGAACAACAAUCGGGAUCUAGGGUCGUCGCAUCCGUUGUACAUGAAAGAUGAAGAGGCGAACGAUUCGAUUGACAAUCUAUCGGAGGGGGAAAUCAAUGGACAAUUCCAGUCGGGCCCCGGAGUCGGCAACAACUAUCCUCCCAAGCGUCGGAAUUGCCUGUGGUUCACGGUCAAGACGCCCAACUCGUCUCGUUUUGCCCGUCACUUCCACAGCCGCAUCCUGCAGAAGUUCCCUUUCCUGGUUGAGAUGUUCUACUGGGUCAUGAACUAUCUCUUCUACUCCUGCACCAAGGCAGUGGCCCAGUCCCUGUCUCCCGCCGGUCGCGACGUCGUACAACUUGCCCAGGACCAUGCCAUCGGGGUUCUGAACCUGGAGCACAACUCGUUCCUCAGCAUCUUCUUCCCCAUCGAGGAGGCAGACUUCCAGGCCUUCUUCAUCAACGGCCAUCCGAACUGGAUGACUUUCUUCAACCGCAUCUACUCCCUCGUCCACAUUCCUGGAACGGUCGCUUACCUCUCGUGGUGGUACUAUGCCGCCCCCGACUUCGACCGCUACGCCAUCGCUCGCCGCACGAUGACCCUCGGCAACUUCAUGGCCUUCAUCAUCUUCUGCUUCUGGCCCCUCAUGCCGCCCCGCCUGCUGCCUGAAUCCUUUGGGUUCCACGACACCGUCCGGCAAGAGCAUGCGGAAAGUGUCUGGGUCGGCGGCAAGAUGGUCAACCAGCUGGCGGCCAUGCCCAGCCUGCACUUCACCUACGCCUUCUGCAUCGGCAACACCUUCUUCUACCACUCCGGGGUCUUCCACCGCCUGUUCGGCAAGCGGUCGGCCCGCAUCACCCUCCGGGACAUCUUCCUCGUCAUCCUGGGCGUCGUCUACCCCAUGCUCGUGCUGUCGGUCAUCGUCGCCACCGCCAAUCACUACUGGCUCGACGCGGUGGUCGCCACCUUCUCGGUGGUCUUCUCGUUCUUCUGCAACCGCAUCUGGAUGAUCCUCCUCCCGCUGGAGGACAUGUUGCUGUGGGUGCUCCGGCUGGAGAAGCCGAUUCCCACGACGGGCAGCCGACGCCGCGGCGGGCCGACCGAUGAUGAGAACGACCGUGACGGUAUCGAGUACCGUCCUCUAUGA